UCUGCAUCGCUUGCUUUACGUUUCAGAAAUCGUUUUUAAUGUAGUCUACAUGUUUUAUCUGUUUUGUUGUACAGAGUUUAAGGGAUCAUUUGAGUGUGUUUAAGGCGGGUGAAGGGAUUCAUUGCUCCUAGUAUCACUGCGCUAACGCCCGGUCUCUGGCAUUGAAUGAACAUCCACAAACCGUUAGCGAUAAAUCUUUUAACAUCGCAAUACUACUAUCAAGAAUGUGCAAUAAUGACAACAGCAUCGCUCAACUACCAACGUGUCUGCCUAAAUACCCACUUGUCCGGUCUUUUCUUUGCGGGUUUAAACCUAACGAGUCAUUGGAAUGGUUUGUGUCUUCAUCUGAGUAGCUAGAUAUUUUACUAACAAGCCAACUAACGCUAGUCAGUAGGUAGGUACUUUAGCUGGUUAGAAGCACAGUCUUCCUUGGUCAACUCGCCUGUAGUAAUAGUUUGUGUGAUGGCUUUUUCAUUAGCAUUCGUUUCACUGUGUUUUCGCUGCACAACGAGUCCCAAACUCGGUGCAUGUUUCAUUUUCCUCUUAACACUACACAGCUGAUUCAAAUUAUCAAAGCUAGAUGAUUCGUUGAUUAUUUGAAUCCGCUGUGUAGUUUUAGGGCAAAAACAAAAACAUGCACCCCUUGGGGUCCGGAGGACCGAGUUUGGGAAACCUUGCCUUAACAUUAUGCUAUUAUUCGUAUUGCUUGGCAGGUGCAAUGCACCAAACGAGCGGACCCGAGCGAGCUGAAGGUUAUCUUUCAGAAGCCAGUGUGGUGGAUGCAGAUGGCGAGAAGUUGAUGACCCCGGGGGACUUUGUGCAGAAGUACCUGGGCCUGCACACACAGAUCCACCACAACCCCAAAACUGUCCAGCUCAUCGCUGGUGUAGCCGAUACAACCAAGGACGGGCUGAUCUCAUUCCAGGAGUUCUUGGCUUUUGAGUCGGUGCUGUGUGUUCCGGACGCUCUCUUUAUCGUAACCUUCCAGCUGUUUGACAAGACCGGCACUGGAGACAUCUCCUUUGAGAAUGUGCGGGACAUCUUCAGCCAGACGACUGUGCACCACCACAUCCCCUUUAACUGGGACUGUGAUUUCAUCCACCUGCACUUUGGACACGACCGCAAAAAACUCCUCAGCUACCUUGAGUUUACCCAGUUCUUACAGGAGUUGCAGUUGGAGCAUGCACGCCAGGCCUUUGCCCAGAAGGACAAGAACAAGAGCGGCACCAUCUCUGCCAUGGACUUCAGUGACAUCAUGGCCACAAUCCGACACCACAUGCUUACAACGUUUGUGGAGGAAAACCUGGUUUCGGCUGCAGGGGGCAGCACCUCUCACAUGGUCAGCUUCUCCUACUUCAACGCCUUCAACUGUCUGCUCAACAACAUGGAGCUGAUCCGCAAGAUCUACAGCACACUGGCCGGGACUCGCAAGGACACACAGGUCACUAAAGAGGAGUUUGUCCAUGCUGCUAACAAGUUUGGCCAGAUCUCUCCCAUGGAGAUCGACAUCCUGUACCAGCUAUCAGGCCUACACUCCCACUCUGGGCGUCUGAACUUUGCUGACAUUGAGAGGAUAGCCCCACUGGAGGAGGGAGCGCUACCCUACCACCUGGCUGAGAUACAGAAACAGCAGAGCCAUGGUGAUGGUUCCAGGUCCGUGCUGCUGCAGGCUGCAGAGUCGGCCUACCGGUUCAGCUUGGGCUCCAUCGCUGGAGCUACGGGAGCCACGGCGGUGUAUCCUAUAGACCUGGUGAAGACCAGGAUGCAGAACCAGAGGAGUACAGGCUCGUUCGUUGGAGAGCUUAUGUACAAGAACAGCUUUGACUGUGCCAAGAAGGUGCUGCGCUACGAAGGCUUCUUCGGCUUCUACAGAGGUCUUCUUCCCCAGCUCAUAGGCGUGGCUCCAGAGAAGGCAAUCAAACUUACGAUGAAUGACUUUGUGAGAGAUAAGUUCACUGGUAAAGACGACACCAUUCCCUUCGCUGCUGAGGUGUUGGCCGGAGCCUGUGCAGGGGGUUCCCAGGUGAUCUUUACUAACCCACUGGAGAUAGUCAAGAUCAGACUGCAGGUGGCAGGAGAGAUCAUAACAGGACCCAGAAUUAGCGCCCUCGGUGUCAUCCGAGACCUUGGCUUGUUCGGCCUCUACAAGGGUGCUAAAGCAUGUUUAUUGAGAGACAUCCCGUUCUCAGCCAUCUUCUUCCCAGUGUACGCCCACACCAAGGCUCAGUUUGCUGACGAGCAGGGUAGACUAGGCCCGUUACAGCUGCUAGCUUCUGGAGCCAUCGGAGGUAUCCCUGCUGCCUCCCUGGUGACACCUGCUGAUGUCAUCAAGACGCGCCUGCAGGUAGCAGCGAGGGCGGGACAUACCACCUACACUGGAGUCACGGACUGCUUCAGGAAAAUCAUGCAGGAGGAGGGAUUCAGAGCACUGUGGAAGGGAGCUGGAGCUCGUAUGUGUCGAUCCUCUCCUCAGUUUGGGGUGACUCUGGUGACCUAUGAGCUUCUACAGAGGUGGUUAUAUGUGGACUUCGGAGGACAUCGUCCGGCAGGGUCUGAGCCCACUCCUAAAUCUCGUAUCUCUGAGCUUCCUCCGGUCAGUGCUGACCACGUGGGAGGCUACCGUCUGGCCGCAGCCACCUUCGCUGGCGUGGAGAACAAGUUUGGCCUCCACCUGCCCAAGUUCAAGUCCUCUGGAGUGGUCUCCAUACAUCCUGACCCCUCUUCUGCCCCCCCUCAAGAUGAGGCUGCCGCCCCUUGAAGACUGGCCCUCUUACUACCACUAAGACUGGCCACCACCACUCCACUAAGGGCUAUGCACUUAGACACACGCAACAGAAAUACAUACUGAUAAACACACUCAUUUUGAGGGGCCAUGUACACCGAAAUACACGCACACUCCUAGGGGCCAUGUACACAGACAUACACCCAAACACCCCAGGGUCUCCUCUAGUGGUCUAACCCUGGUCCUGGAGAGCUGACUGUAGGUCCAUUGUCAAAGCAGUCAGUAAACCUGAACACUGUACUGUUGUAUCUCCAGUGGCUACAUGCUCCUCUCCUUUUCCAUUCCACUUUUCACAUGAAAACAGUGGUUUGAAGGGAGUCUUAUCUCUCUCUUUCUCCCUCUAUUCCUUUGCUUUCUCGCUCCCAUUCCUCUCCAUCUCUCUGGUGGCUCCUCUCUUCUCAUGAAUAACUGAUUAUCAUUUUUUGGGGCUACUAGGAUUGGACAGUGUGUAGGGGAUAUUUGAUUGGACAGCAUCUGUAAGGCUUUACUCUGAGUGGGCAUUGCACAGGAAGUUACUGUAGAUCUGCUGUACAGAGACGCGACACAGCUGGAAAGGAAAAUUAUUACUGUGAUGUUAGAGAGCAAUAUUAAUGUAACAUUGGAGAACAAUGUUAUGGUAAUGUUAGAGCAACACCAUGACAAUGAUAGAUACGUUUUUUAAUGUAAUGUUAAGCAACGUGACAGUAAUGUUGGAGUUAAUGUUACGUUAGAAUGACGUUGGGCCUUCGUCUCUUGAGAAUCACUUACUGAUGUACAGACCUUUUCAACAGUGUUUACUGAGGAGAAUCAUGGGCAAAGGAUUAGAUAACUUAAAUGCAUUUAGUGUAUUUUAUUGAAAUAAAUCAAUUAUAUGGUUUAAUUUUA